UAACACCCUCCUCAGGUGCAUUCAAUUGCAAGCUACGGUUUACGUUUAUUCAAUACCAUAACACCUCCCCAAAUAAUAAAUUUGUUGGCAUCAACCACAUACAAAAAUAAACUCCCAAAUACAUAAUAGAUAUUGCCCGCAGCAAUCACUGGUUUCAAGGUGAAGUUUGAAUAAGCCUAAAAAAAAACUUACAAUACAACAUAAAGAGGCAACAUAAUCACAGGACAGUCACCAUUAGUACCUUUGUUAUAAUACUGUUGUUGACUCCAAGAGGGCCAGCCAUGUUAUCUGCAUGAGCUAGUCUAAGUACAGUAUCACUGAACACAAAAUGGUAUCAAGACACAGCUAAGUGGGACCGUCCAACCCUGCACAUGACUGCCAUCAUAUCCAGGUCAGCAUACAGGAGUACCAAAGUGACAUCUCCCUCUUGUUCAGCAAUGAGCUCCUUUCGGGACAUUUUGUUUCCACAUGUAAAGACUUCAUUGUACAUGGUACUGCAUAAUACAUAACUUUAGAUUUGGAGUGGAUAUUUUGUCACCAGACAAAUUAUUUCCCAAGAUAAAUCAACUGGAAUUCCCUGCCUUAAAGCAAUCUCCACAGGACCAGUGACUAUCUCAGAUGCCGAGAACACAUUAGACAAUGGUUCCUGAAACCAAUUCAUCUUCACUCCUUGUAUCAGAGCCCCGCUGUUAUGUUCCAUCUCUUUGGUUAUCAGUAGCACACCUUUCAACAAGAUAAACUUAGAGGCAACCAUGUCUCGAUGUAUUGUCACUGCCAGCUUACAAAUAUUUUUAUCAAGGGCAACACACAAAUCCCGUUAAUGAAAAGGGCGAAAUUCCUCAGGUACUAAAGGUUUCCCAAUAAUGGGACCUUCCCACCAAAGCAAAAAAAAAUGGGCUUUUAAGGAGUCAUUUUGCGAUUUAGGGAGGACCCUGGUCUGGAGGCCAUUGAGUUUGGGUGAGAUGGUUUUGAAAUUGGUUCUUGGUGGUUUUGAUGUAAAGGUUGACUUCAUCUGGCACAGAGCGUCUGUUCAGCUAAAUCAGUCAGUUGACGUAUGCUCUUUUUCACUUUAUUGGUGAAUCUAUUCUCAUUUUCUCUAACUUCAGUUGCUCUAGCUUGAACUUUACAUUCAGUUGCUCCAGCCUCAUUUCAGUAUCUGAGUCCUCCACAAUAUCACUCAUUUCAACCCAACUUUCUUCUUUAUCGGCUUAAUUCUGAGAAAUAAUCUGCUCCUUCUGCUUGUUUUAUUAUAUCUUUUCUGCUUCCUGAUGCUACCGUGAUGGUAUAACAGUAAGUAAUCUGGAUGAUGUCUGCUUCUUUAACACCCAUUGAGAGUCUCCCAAGUGGGAUUCUCAACUAAUGAAUCCGCGCUGAACUUUAUUGUUCAUGCAGUAUAACAGACUUCUGUUUUUCACAAAAUUCUGCAUUGUAGUAGGUUUCUACAGUAAGCCCCCCGAUUGUUACAUUUCAACCUAGAAAAAUUCUUUGUGAACUAAAACUCUGAACAAAUGGUCCAAAGGGGUUGUUUUUUUUUGUUUUUUUUAAAACGAGAAAAUACAAUUCAGUCCAACAACCCACUAUCAUUUCACCACCAGCAUCAGAGCUGAAAUCCCUAAUUGAGCUUAAACUAAAGUUGACCAACUACUUCAUUGUUAUUUUUCCUACUGGGCAAGAGGUUAACAGGAAGGAAUAACAUAACGUAACAUAAGGUAACAUUUCACCCACUUGUGGCACAAAUGACACACUAAACAAGCACCAAGCCAUUGUUUCAUAAAUCCACUUUGACAUGACAUUUAGUUGUCAAAACUGGAGAGUUAGACUUGAGAUUUAGCAGUGAUUCACAGUUGCAGACCGAAAGUGGCCCAUAAAAUUGGGAACAUGGACACACAAAUCAUUCAACUUAACCAUCUUAUCACCAGUGUAUCACGGUUGUUUUUAAAAUAGUUUAACAAGCAAGGCCAGUACAAAGAUAAUUAAAUCCAGGCUGAAAAGUAACCAAGUGAACAUUUCAUCAAUUGCCAAUAUGAUGUUCCCAUGUUGGAAAGCUUUGCAAGCGAGGCUGUGCGUCACGUCACUCUCUAUUAAGGUGCUAUUUUGGUCCUGCCCUGGAAGACAUUUAUCCAGCAUCUACCCACCCUGACAGCAUCCAAUAAACCCACCACUCCCAUUCAUCUCCACACCCACGACAAACCACCCCCCACCCACAUUUUCCACUCCCUCGCUCCCUCCCCAUCUCUCUCUCUCUCUCACUUUCUCUCUCUCUCUCUCUCACGCACACACACAUCCACACGUACUUCUCACAGAUGUGCCAGACAUUUGGAGACUUAAAAACACUAAGAUAAUUGUGUUUGGAUUUUCAACAUCACUGCAAGGUGAAACAUAACUUCUAUCCAACAGGCACCUUCUUUGAUACAAUUUUGGAACCUUCUUUUUGCUGCUUUAGGCUGUGGUGAUCAACUCAUUCAUAUUCCUCCAAAGAAAAAGUGUUUCCUCAAUGAGCAAUUGAGGAGACGAUACAAGAUGACCAUCCACGUCGAGGGUGUGGUGGCCAUUGUGGUUUUUUAUCUAGUGAUUCUCUUUGUGGGUAUUUGGGCGGCAUGGAAAAACAAGAACUCCGGCGUGGGCGAUGGCGGGGACCGAAGCGAGAGCAUCAUGGUCGGCGGCCGGGACAUUGGCUUGUUUGUGGGUGUAUUCACAAUGACAGCUACUUGGGUGGGUGGGGGCUACAUCAAUGGGACAGCAGAGUAUGUCUACUUGCCUGACUAUGGCUUGGCUUGGGCCCAAGCACCCUUUGGCUACGCUCUCAGCCUGGUACUAGGUGGCCUUUUCUUUGCCAAACCCAUGCGUUCCCGUGGUUAUGUCACCAUGCUGGAUCCUUUCCAACAGCUCUACGGAAAGAGGAUGGGGGGUCUUCUUUUCAUCCCCGCUGUCAUGGGAGAAAUUUUCUGGUCUGCAGCCAUUUUAUCUGCCUUGGGAGCUACUCUGAGCGUGAUCGUGGACAUAAACAUCAACAUGUCAGUGGUGAUUUCAGCUCUGAUUGCUAUCUUCUACACUCUUGUGGGAGGACUCUACUCUGUUGCCUACACUGAUGUGGUUCAACUCUUCUGCAUCUUUGUGGGUUUGUGGAUCAGUGUGCCUUUUGCAUUAUCCAACCCUGCCGUGUCAGACAUCAGCGUGACAGCCAGGGAGGCAAUCCAUCAGUCACCCUGGCUAGGGAAGAUUGAACCUGCAGACAAAUGGCUCUGGGCAGAUAAUUUCUGUUUGCUGAUGUUGGGGGGGAUUCCCUGGCAGGUCUAUUUUCAACGGGUUCUUUCUGCCUCUUCAGCUACCUACGCCCAGGUCCUUUCCUUCCUCGCUGCCUUUGGCUGUUUGGUCAUGGCCGUACCCUCUAUCCUCAUAGGAGCUAUAGGGGCAUCCACUGACUGGAACCAGACUUCUUACGGGGCCCUCCCUCCAAAGGAUAAAGACGAGUCCGACAUGAUCCUUCCCAUUGUGCUUCAGCACCUCUGCCCGUCUUACGUCUCCUUCUUUGGCCUGGGGGCAGUGUCGGCUGCCGUCAUGUCAUCCGCAGAUUCCUCCAUUCUCUCGGCCAGCUCCAUGUUUGCCAGGAACAUCUAUCAGCUCGCCUUUCGACAGUCGGCCUCGGAUCGUGAGAUUGUCUGGGUGAUGCGUCUCACUAUCUUCGUUUUCGGAGCCCUCGCCACCGCCAUGGCUUUGUUAACAGGAACCGUGUACGGCCUGUGGUACCUGAGCUCGGAUCUGGUCUAUGUCAUUGUCUUUCCCCAACUUCUUAGUGUCCUAUUUGUCAAAGGAACAAAUACCUACGGCUCAGUGGCUGCCUAUGUCUUUGGUCUUUUGCUACGAAUUGGCGGAGGCGAACCCUAUUUGAAACUUCCUCCUUUCAUCUAUUAUCCCGGAUGGGUGAUCCAGGAGAAGAUCCACCACCUCACUGGUGAUGUAGAGUAUUUUGUCCAGCAGAGAUUUCCAUUCAAGACAGUGUCCAUGGUGGCAUCCUUUUUGGCAAACGUGGUAUUUUCCUACCUGACAAAGUAUAUAUUCGAGAGCGGUACGCUGUCACACAAGUACGACUUCUUUGACGCUGUGGUCUCCAAGCACAGCAAGGAGAUCAUGGACAAAGCCACACUGGUGAGCCAUGAUAAUAUCAUCCUCUCAGAGAUGGCGCCCGUCAAACAAGCACUGGGUGCAUCCCUUGCAGCGACCUUCACCAACAGAGAGGCCCUAAGUAAUGAUGACGUGUCGAGUCCUGAGGAGUUUCAAGAUGAAAACUAGCCGCUAAAAGGGACACAAAAAAUAAGAAGAAGAAAUAAAUCACUACUGCCAUACUAGGAGUCAAAGCAGUGGAGCUCUGCAAUGGCUUCCAAGUGAACCUACAUAUUUUAUUUGAUGUUAAUGAUGUUAAAGGAGGUUCCCAAAGUCAAGAAUAUUCCCAAGACUAAUUCCAGGUCGGAUGCUUCAAAGGCAAGACUGGAUAUCGGACAUUGGAACAAACUUCUGGGUCAACGGUUCCAAUGGUGAAAUGGCCAAUUUCAGUGCAAAUGAUGGGUGUUGUUUUGCUGUCUGUAAUCCUAUCGUGUCUGGCAGCGAAUAUUCCAUGGGCCAAAAUGUAUUGUCCAAACGGAAUGUUCAGUUUUCUCCUCAUGAGCUCAAGCUUCUAGUGUGGUGGCUACCAACCAUGAAGGAUCCCUCCUUGACUUUGAAAGUAUCUGAUGCCUCCUUCGUUUGGGAUAUUCCUUGCCUAGAACCUGAGAUUUGAUUGUUGACCAGUUGAGUCAAGUAUAAAGGUUAUGUUUUCAAGGAAUAUUCCCACUAAAAUCAUAUUUAAGUGCCACUACAAGUCUAAGGGAUUUAAUGGAGCAUAAUGAGGUGCAGUAUUUAUUAUUUUAAUGAUGAGAAUAGUGCAAUACACCGAGGAGUUGUCGUUGUCUAUCAGUAAGUAUAUUUGUUCACAAGUACUGUAUGUGCAUCAAGAGUCAAACGUCUGAGGCACCAUUAGACAUUACCAUUAGCAAUUUUAUAUUGACUAUACCGUGUACAGUAUAACUAAAAUGUCAAGUGUUAAAGGGGGGGAAAAAUGGCACGUCAUGUUUAUGUUCAUUUGUCCAUCUGCUUGUUAAUUAGCAUGCUAAUUUCUGAUUCAUGGAGCGCGGUGCUUUUAUGAUUCUGGACGGUGGCAUGUUCUAUUGAUAGACAGAAAAUAAAAUGCUGUACCUGCAGAUUCUGCACCUUUAUCCAUUGCUCCUCAGAAAAUAAAAUGUAACGUAAUUCCUUUUCUGGGUAUUCCUGCGAGAAAAAUUGUAUAACUAUUUCAAAAUGAUUGCUGUGGAAAAGACAAUUAUGACAAGAAUGAUAGAGGUGGCCUAUAUCUUUUGUGCAGUACUGUAUAUCAACUUGUCAGAAGUUCCAUUUGCAUAGAAGUUUAUGAAUAGAGCAAUACAAUUUUUAGUAUCCAUGUUGCACAUAUAUACGUAAUAAUGAGCGUGCAAGUUGAAGCCUCUUUACAAUGCUCUUAAUUAAUAAGCCAGACGUCACAUUUGCAGUAAAACCUUUUCCACACCUCAUGAGCAAACGCUUAACCAAGUAGAUGAUUAGAUAUGAGAUUACAUUUACUUACCAAAUUAAAUGGCUGUUAUUUAACUUUUCUGUAAAAGAAAAAUAAUGUAUAUGAUUGUUUUAGAAUGUUUCGUUUUCCAAUCAUUGCACUCGUUUAUAAGUGUAACCCGCCGAAUGUCGUCUGUCAUCAUGACCUAUUGAAGCAGGCUAGCAAAGUGGUUGUACAGACUGUACAAUAUCAGUAAAUGCUCCCAAAUGUCCAAAUAUUGAAAAUAAUUAAGGAAUUAAAAAUUGUUUUAUUAUCCUUCAUUAUAUGCAAUAAUUGGAUAUUGGACUUGUAUCGUGUUUUUUGUUGUUGUUUGUCUGUGUGCUAAGAAUUUGCGGAAAAAGCCAUACUGUCAUCCAUUUGUGUCUAUAUGCUGGCCAUGCCAAUAUUUUACUCUCCAACCAGCGCUUAAGUUCAAUAUAUAUUCAGUCAUAUGAUAUAAUAAUAAUAUAAUAAUACUGCUCAAUUCUCAAUAAAAUACUGCAGUCUACCCCCACAAGUGUUGGGGAUGAAACAGACAAGACAUUUUGUUUCCAAUUGCAGUGUUUGAAAAGGAUGAAAGCAGCAUGAAAGGUUAGGCUGAAAGUUCUAUCAAGGACCAAAAGCAAAAUAAUGAGAUGAAAUAAUCAUAAGAGCACUGUCAAAUUGGAGGGAUGACGCUCGGAACAUCACAGACAGAUGAUUUUUGGUUAAUAUCAAAACAAAAAAAGAUCAUCAUGGCCUUUUGGAUCUUGAUUAUGAAUUGAUAUGUUAAUUAUCUCAAUGUCAGAUAUGACCCAAUAAAUGUACCAGAUAGACACUUCUUUCUAUAUGUGUGUCUGUUUGUCAAUGAUACUUUGCUUACCUUCGACCCGUCCGCAGGUUAACUGAGACAGGAAAAUAUUGUUUCUCCUGCAGGAUUGUUUGUCAGCACUGGUCAUUAUUGAUCUAGACCGACCAUCAAUUAGUCCUUGGGACACUUGGUUAAUGAUGUGAAAAAAGUAUGGAUCAAGGUUUAUUGUACAGUGUGGUACACACGAUAAAGUGUUGGAUUUAUUUUUCCAUGAUUAAGCAUCUGUCAUACUUCAGAUUAGAAAAUGUUUUUUUCUUUUAAAGGUAACUUCAAGUGUUUAUUUUUAUCAUUAUUUUUUUGUAGGUGUUCCUGUUGUCUUACGACGCUUAUGUAUUUGUGUCCUGUAUUGUACUUUCUUCUGUGACUAUUGUGGAGCCACUUUAAGCAUGUGGUAGCAGCGACUGGGUUAGAAAUGUGCUCAAAAAAAAAAAAAAAAAAAAAAAACUGCUUCUUGUCAGAGUGGGAAGGUGUUGUCACUUCCAUCACUGGUGCAUUAAUGCGGCCAUACAAAGUACUACUGUCCAAUCUGAACCAGAAAAUUCCAUCAUUUCUCUGAAAGUUAUGAGACUGAUGCAAUACCAAUAAUAAUUCAGCUUCAAAAUUGAAAAAAAAAAGAUGCAAAGUGUCUUGAAAUCUUGCAGGAUUAAAAUACCGUAACUGUGUUCCUUAAUUAACAAGCCUGAGAAGGUUCACUCACAUACUCAGCAAAUAUGUUAUGACUCAGUGUAACUUGCAAUGAUGUUGUAUUUUUGUGUGAUAAGUGUACACAGAAAAAUGAAACUCUUUAAAUGCUGCAUAAAAAAUUAUGUUUGUUGACGUUGAAAUUACAGAUGAAUAUUUACGGUAUCCAUACACUAUGUAUAAAUGUAAAGUUGUGAUCAUAUGUUGUAGGUUUAAUAAAUUAUUUUGCAGACUCAUAAUGUCUAGAUUGCAUGUAAAUUUUCCAGAUCUGGGUCAUGAGGAAAUAUCUCAAAAGUCAUUAUAGACUUCCUGUUUUCUAUUUUGUUUAAGGUACAAUUCGGACAGAUGUAAGGACAUCAGUAUUUGACAGCUUAGGCUUUGCAGGUUUUGGAAGCAUACUGUAUCAUUCUCUUGCCUUGCCCAUGGCUCGCCAAAUGACUUGGGACACCGUUGCAAUAUUGCCACCUGGCUAGAAGUGUUCUGUCCCCGACUGCAGUUCAGUGCCAAUUUGAGAAGCCGUCACAUUGCUUCAAGGCAAAGUACAAUUUACACUAUCCAUGUCGAGUUUCUCCAGACAGGAUAUGUUCUCGACAAACCACGCAGUGGAAAGCUUGCUACUACCAGCACUGAUGAAAACAACAAACUCCAAGAACAGGCGU